AUGAACCGCUGUGCAUCCUCAGUACGGUCUGCGCUCGCCCGACCAGCCAGUCGCGCAGUUCGAACGGCAUUCUCUCGUCCCGCCGCCAUCUCCUCAUCUCCCUUCCUUCGGUCGGCGUUCUCUGCGACGGCACGACCACAGAGCGUCCCAGUCUGCCGCUGCUUCUCAUCUACACCUUCAAGACUCGGGAACGAGCCGGGUAAAUACAAGAUUGGCCAACUUUCGGACCGAGAGUACCACGACGUAUCAAAUGCAGCGAUGGACCACCUGACGGAGUAUCUGGAGGAGAAGCUGGACGAGCUGGACGUGGACGGAAGCGACGUCGAGUACUCGCUGUCUACAUGUGGAAAGUCGGGCGUGUUGACUGUCAAGCUGGGUGACCGCGGGACCUACGUGAUCAACAAGCAGCCGCCGAACAAGCAGAUCUGGCUGUCCAGCCCAAUCAGCGGCCCGAAACGCUACGACUACGACCUCGACCACCGCGUCUGGUUCUACCAUCGCGAUGGAGACUUGAUGCACGACUUGCUGAACCGGGAACUGCGGGAAUUGUUGGGCGACGAGACGAUCUCGGUGGACUUGGCGGAAGAGGAGGACUGA